UCCCAUUUAACUGUUGUUUUUUGUGAAUUUAUUAAGGGCCUUUGGUGCCUAGCAUUACAAAUUCUACAAAUCUGAACAUGGUAUCCGUCAAUAUGCAUAUGUGUAUGAUACAAAUUAGUAACGAUUCGCCCCUUUCUCGAUUCGCUCCUCUCCCUCAUAGAAUCUGGAUUUGCCACUGUUUUAAUCUCACUACACCCUUGUUGAUAACGAUUUCGCCAUUGAUUUAGAUACUCGAUCUAUAUUUAACGGUUUUGAACUAUAAAACUGAUAAAUUUUAGGAAAAAGACUGGGAAAUUAUAAUGAUUUUGUUUCACCUUAAAAAUCAAAAAGGAAAUUUUAGUGAAGAAAUUUAAUUGAUAAAAACAAAGAACUAUUAAGUGUACCUGAUAUGUCUCUGAUAAAAAAGAUAUCGGUCAUUUUCAGUACCAGUUUUUUUCUUAUUUUAUUUUCAACAAUGGCAAUAAAUAUGUUUGUAUACAGUGAUUUUUUUACCCAAAAUUUACAGCCUGUAUAAGGUAGUCCUAAAUAUUAUAAGACCUGACGUAACACUUUUCAGGUUUUUUAUUCAUUUAUAUUGAUAUUUACGAUUUUUUAUUUUCACGUAACGUCAGGUCUUAACCACGAACUGCAUGCGGCCAUAGUGUAAAAAAGCAUUUUUCCGGGGGGAAAUGAUAUUUUCGGCGAAAAACAAGAUACUGCCUUAUAAGAUAAAUACUUUUUAUGUAAGUUAACACAAAAAUAUGCAAGAAAACUCACAGUCAUAAGUUGCUAUAUCCAUUUAUUCCGACAGAUACAUAAAUCCACUUCGUGUUGACCUCAUUUUGUGGAAAUCCCCAAUAUGCAAUAUACGGUCACGUGGGUGAUUCCCCAAACACGUGGGACGAAGUUUUUAUGGACGAAAUUUUUCCCGAUAAGAAACCCAACCAGUAUUAGGAAAAAUAAAUCAUUGUCAUUGAUAUUAUAUGUUUUUUAUUCAUUAAAACAGACGACAGAGACUUUUUGCAAAAAAACUGUUCCCGCGUAAAAUUUUUAAAAAAUUGCGCGGGCGAAAAUAAAAUUUCGUCUACAACAUGUACAAAUAUUUCGGCAAGUUUAUCUUACACCACAGGAACCUGGUAUCCUAUCCAUAUAACACCAAAAAUCGCCCUACACACUCAAUGACCCGAUGUACUGACCAGCAUCCAUAUACGUUUUCCUUCUCCGACAAGCCAUUGCGUGACGUCAGUCCAAAGUGAAAGUAAAUUGGUGUAAACUCCGUACAACCGGUAUCGGGCCGUAAGAACUCUGAAUGUAAGCAGAUGUCGCAACCAAAUUUCUUGGCUUUAAAAGGCCAUAGUUUUGUAUUGACAUGAUCUCAUGGAACAGGAAAACACAUUACAUUACAAAAUUAUGGCCUUUUAAAGCCAAGAAAUUGGUUGCGCCAUCUGCUUACAUUCAGAGUUCUUAUGGUCCGAUACCGGUUGUACGGAGUUUACACCAAUUUACUUUCGCUUUGGACUGACGUCACGCAAUGGCUUGUCGGAGUAGGAAAACGUAUGUAAAAUUGCGAAUAAGCGACCGUGUAGCCGAUAGAAAUUAAAUGAACUUCAGUGCAUGUGUGCAUGCAUAAACAAUGUCAUAUCUAAGAAGGUGGCGCAAAUUUCAUGCUGAAGCAACAGCUAUAGCACUUGAAAGCAGUAGCAGCGAAGAUGAAAUAUCUGCACUAGAUGAAAGAAACAGUAGUUGGAAUGAGUCUGAAAAUGCAUCAGGAUCAUCCGUAGAGGAAUCCGACAACUCGGUUGAUUCUGUAAAUGACUAUGGGUUUGUACAAAACAUAGAGUCUUCAGAUACAGAGACAUGUCAGUCUGACCCCGAUUUCUCUGAAAAUGAAGAACUUCCAUCCUUCCGUGAGAAACUGUCUGCUUGGGCAUCUACAAAUAAACUUACUAAAGGUACAGUUGAUGAGCUGUUGCAAAUACUUAAAAAGGAAGGCCAUGCAGAGUUGCCAAAAGAUAGUAGAACUUUGCUUCAGACACCAAGGACUGUUGACUGCGAAGACAAAUGCGGUGGAAAAUAUAUAUACUAUGGGCUACGAAAUGGGUUCCUUAAAAUCUUAACCCAUUCCGCUUUCACAGGAAAUUCUGAUCAUACUGAUCAUAUCAAUUUUAAUGUGAAUAUUGAUGGUAUACCAUUAUUCAAGUCUUCAGGGUCUCAGUUUUGGCCAAUUUUAUGCAGCAUACAAGGGUUUGGUCCAUUUUUAGUAGCACUGUAUUUUGGAAAUGCAAAACCAAACUCUUUGAAUGACUAUUUGUCAGAUUUUUUACAAGAACUUGAAGAUAUCCAGCAGAACGGAAUUACACAUAACUCCCAACAUUAUCAGAUGAAACUUAGAGCUUUUGUAUGUGAUGCUCCAGCAAGGGCUUUUUUAAAGGGAAUCAAAGGCCAUACAGGCUACUACGCAUGUGAAAGAUGCACUGUUAAAGGAUUUUGGAAAGGAAAUCGUAUUGUUUUUAUUUCAACAAAUGAUCAUCCUUCCAGAACUGACACAGAAUUUGAAAAUCGUAGUUACCCUGAUCACCAAACUUCUGAAACCCCACUUGUACAAUUUGGAAUUAGAUGUGUUACAUCUUUUUGUUUAGAUUAUAUGCAUCUUGUCUGCUUAGGUGUAGUAAAAAGAAUUCUUUGGUUUUUAAAGCAAGGUCCAAAUGAAUGUAAACUCUCACAGAGGCAGUUAUAUGAAAUAUCUGACAAAUUGCUAUCAUUUUCUGGGAAAAUGCCUUCUGAAUUUGCAAGACAGCCAAGAACUUUGACCGAAUUAGAAAGAUGGAAAGCAACAGAAUUCAGACAGUUUUUACUUUAUACAGGGCCUGUUGUUUUGCGGAAAAUUAUUUCAAAACAAAUGUACGAACACUUUCUCAGCUUGACUGUAGCCAUUUCAAUUCUACUCAAUUCAGAAGAUGAAAAAAGAGCAGCGUAUUUAAAUUAUGCUGAUAAUUUGUUAAAGUACUUUGUUGACAAAAGUAAGGACAUUUACAGUGAAAACUUUGUUGUAUAUAACAUUCAUGGUCUAAAGCAUUUGUGUGAUGAUGCACGGAAUUUGAACUGUUCUUUAAAUGAGAUAUCUGCAUUUCCAUAUGAAAACUACUUACAGUCGAUCAAACACAUGGUCAAAAAUUCAAAAAAUCCAAUUGUGCAAGUAACAAAACGUAUUGCAGAAAGAGAGUUUUCGAAAUGUGAAGACCUAAAAGUAGCAUCAACAUACACAACAGUAUCAACCAAACCAAGAAAUAGAUGCUUCAUGUUACUUAAUGAAACAUUUGUAUUUAUAAGGGAGAAAAGGGACAAUGGCAGAUUCGUGUGUGAUUUACUUCGACAGAGAGAUUGUGAGAAUUUUUUUACCACUCCCUGUGAAUCGAAAUUGAUCAAUGUAGUAUUUGUGAAAAAGAGAACAAGAAUGACAAGACGACUUGUAGAGAAGGAAGAAUUAGGUAGAAAAGCUGUGUGCCUGCCUUUUGAUGAUGGGUAUGUUCUUGUGCCCAUGUUACAUGGUGUGGAGAAGUAGUACAGGUUUAACAGAAUGUGGAUCCGAGCCGUCUGGAUAGAAAAGGGGGAAGAAGUCGAGGGUGUUAUUCCAGACGUGUGGGCAACAAAAGACCAUGUGUAUUGGCCCCCUGUUGCCAAUGCCGAAAAAAUGAUGAAGUCAAAGC